AUGGCGUGGACGUACCCCGCGCGAAGGAACAUAUUGCUCGCUUUGUUGAUUCAUCGCCUGCGGCGCAAGAGGAAGAGGUCCCUCUAUAUUAGAGAGAUAUUCGACCGACGCCCGGAGUACGGGGAGUACCACCACCUCGUGCAGGAACUACGGCAAAGCGAUCCUGAAUACCACUUCAAGUACUUCAGGAUGACAAAGGCAUCGUUUGAUCAGCUGUUGAGCCUUGUGUAUGAAAAGCUCAUCCAUGCUCCAACACACAGGAGGCCUAUCUCGCCAGCAGAAAGGCUUGCGGUGACAUUGAGAUUCCUGGCUACAGGAGGCUCGGUGCAAGAUAUUGCAAUCAGCUACCGAAUGCACGGUUCAACAGUGUCUAACAUAUUGAAAGAAACACUGCCGGCGAUUUGGGAAUCCUUGGCACCACGUGUGAUGGCACAACCCAGUGAGCAGAAGUGGCUGAAAAUAGCAGCAGAAUACAAGGAGAAGUGGAACUUUCCUAAUACUGUCGGUAGUAUUGAUGGGAAGCACUUCGCCAUCAAGUGCCCCGCCUUCAGUGAAUCUGACAACUUUAACUAUAAGGGAUUUUACUCACUCCUUAUGCUCGCUGUAGCAGAUGCCAGCUACAGGUUUAUCACAGUGGACAUUGGAGCUCAAGGGCGAUUUUCUGAUGGUGCAGUUUUUCAAGGCAGUAAUCUUGAGGAAAGGCUUGAGAAGAAAGAGUUGGGGCUGCCUUCUACAUCUCCAACGAAGUGGCCACUUUGCUUGAUUGGCGACGCAGCAUUCCCGCUGCGCACCUACCUGCUGCGGCCCUAUCCGGGGAGGGGACUAGACGAAAAAAAAAAGGUAUUUAACUACCGUCUCUCCAGGUGGAAAGUGAGGAAGACCUAG